AUGACUCCUGAAGAGAGAAAAGCUGCGUUCGGGCUGCAUGUUAAGAUCGACAUCAAACCGGUCGAGGCGGACCUCACACCGGGAACGAGUGAGCUCAGGGAGGAGGAUCUGGUGCCCCUCCAUCAUCCUCCCGGUGGAAUGACUCCUGAGGAGAGAGAAGCCGCCUUUGGGCUGCAUCGCACACACGAGACCAAGCCGGUCAAGUUCAACCGCAUAGCAGGCCCGAGCGAGCUCAGGGAGGAGGACUUGGUGCCUUUUCCUCGUCGUCGUUUUCCUGCGGCGGAGUUCAAGCAUGGACCCAAGACCUACCAGCCGAUCGAUCCGGAUAAAGUUGUCAACGACCUCUUAGACACCCCGGAAGAGGCUUCUGCCGCUGGAUACUGGUGGGCGAACGGCAAGGCGUGGUACACCCGACAAGGAGCUGUUAACUCCGCAACAGCGUCUUCCUCGCAGCGGCCUGUCCAGGUACUAUCGCCCAAGCAUCAUGGGACGGACUACACGUCUCGAAACAAGCUGAGGGAGGACGAGGAGUAUGAGCAUGUCGGUCGUGGCGUCAAGGACGCAUCGUCCAAGCUCAACGGCGACAAGACAAGUGAGGAUGAGGACGACGAGGACUGGGACUACAUCCAGCGCAAGGACACUUUUCCUCUGGAUAAGAAGGGAGACUGGAUUCUUGUCAAGGAUGACAUGCUGAUGUAG